AUGGACAAGCACGAUCGUCCCUACAAAUGCCUCGAGCCCGGAUGCGAUAAGAUCCAGGGGUUCACCUAUUCAGGCGGGCUGCUGAGACACCAGCGCGAGGUGCAUAAGAAGAACAUCAACGCCAAGAAACCGCUGAUGUGUCCCUACACCGACUGCAAUCGCAGUACGGGUAAUGGUUUUACGCGUCAAGAAAACUUGAAGGAGCAUUUGCGCCGUCGCCACAUGCAUCCCGAAAAUGGCCAUGUGUCUGAUCUCCCUAUUGUCCCCACGUCCGAGCUCGAUGGCACGGCUUCUCUUCCCCCGGCUCCUCCUUCCAUCAAAAGGAAACGCGAUUCCAUUGAUGAUGAAGACCCGACCGUUGACUUGCCCGAGGAUGACGAGGGAGAAGAGGAGCAAGAUGGUGUGGAUCUGCGCAAUGAGCUCAAAAGACUGCGUCGCGAGGCCCAAGAGAAGGACCGCCGCUUGGAGGAAUUGGAAAGGAUCGUUUCCGGAUUGCAGCAAGCCAUCCCUCAGACUGCCCCAGCACAGGGAUAG